UUUCGAAUUUACACGCGCGUGAAAGAAAAUGGCGACCUUCCUGGGAAGGACAUGUCGGCUCCACCAACAAAUGAGUGGAGCAAGGCGAUAUAUACAGCGCCAUUCUCUGCGAUUUGUCUCUACAUCCGACAAAAAAGAAAGUAACCUUAGUAUACCAUUUACACCCGAAGAUAUAGCAGACGAAACUAAAAGAAAAGAGCUUCAUAAACGUUUAGAGGAACACUUCAAAGAUGAAGACUUGAAUUCACCCAAAAAUCGAAUACCCUAUGGAUAUGAGGAAAACGUUCCAGAGGUUGACAAAUUUAACUAUCACACAGUCUGGUGGUUUUGGUUCGUCAUACCGGUAACCGUGGGAAUUGCCUUUUUCAACUUUUCUCUGAAUGAUUAUGGUUUAAGAAGCUGGUCUGAAAGAGAAGCAAGGUUAGUCAUGGAAGAAAGAGAAAAGAAGGGCCUGCCAUAUGUUGAAAAGAAUUAUAUUGACCCCAGUAAGAUUGAGUUGCCCUCCGAGGAGGACAUUGAGGCUUGGGAUGUGAAGAUUAAAAUCUAAAGAGACCAGAUACUACUCAUGUACAGCUUGUUUCAAAAGUGAAUGUGUAUAUUUAAUGAUACAAAACUGUAAGGACAUUGCAUUCAAGUGUUUGAAUGGAAAACAUUUAUUUGUUGGAAAAAUAAAAGUAAUUAAAAUUUUA